CAGGGCGGGCGCUGCCAGUCCGCCGCGUCCCAGCGCCGGAGCCGCACGGCCCAGCAGCGAGCGCCCAGCCCGGCCUGGCCCGGCCCCGCCAGCCGCCCCCCAUGGAGGAGCAGCCCCACCACCAUCAUCACCACCAUUACUACUACUGCGGCCACCACCACCACCACCCGCAGAGCGCCUACCUGCCGCCGCCCGACGGCCGAGCCCAGCCCAAACCGCCGCUCCGACACGAGCACAAGCACGGCGGCCCGCAGCACCAAGAGGCGGCCAAGCGGAGAACAGGCUAUGGAGAGCUAAAUGGUAAUGCAGGAGAAAGAGAAGUGUCAUUAAAGGGCCUGUGCUCUGAUGAAACCACCACCCCAGGAUCCAGGGUACCCAAUGGCAGCCAGCAGCUCGUAGACACUAACGUGCCCCCAAAGCAGACUGUGAAGGCCAGUGCUUUGGGGAAAGCUGGAAUCAAACCCAAAAACUUCAUUCAGAAAAAUAGCAUGGACAAAAAGAAUGAGAAGUCCUACGAGAACAAACUUAGAGAAAGCCAAUCCUCAGACAAGCCAGAGGGAAUGUCUGUUCCAAACGGUGUGGUCACCAAUAACUCCAGCUAUAUCACCAAUGGCUACAUAGGGAAAGGGGCCGAUAACGAUGGAAGUGGCUCCGAGAGUGGAUAUACUACGCCUAAGAAGCGGAAAGGCAGGCGCAACAGUGCCAAGGGUUGUGAGAACCUGAAUCUAGUUCAGGACAAAAUAAUGCAACAGGAGGUCAGUGCACCAACCUUAAAACAGGAACUUGAGAGUUUCAAGCCUGAUUAUAGUGAACAAAAGGGGAACCGAAUUGAAAAUACUAAGCCAGUCUGGAAAUAUGAGGCUGGAGCUGGUGGAGCAGGACGGGGAAAGCCUGGGCUUGGGGAUGUACAGCGAAAAAACUCGGAUGCCAAACCUGGGAUUAGCAGCAAGAAGUUUGAUGACCGGCCCAAAGGGAAGCACGCGUCAUCAGCUACGUCUAAAGAGGACUCAUGGACCUUAUUUAAACCACCCCCAGUUUUUCCAGUGGACAAUAGCAGUGCUAAAAUCGUACCCAAAAUAAGUUAUGCAAGUAAAGUUAAAGAGAACCUCAACAAAGCAGCUCAAACCCCAUCCCCGUCAUCUUCGUCAUCUUCAUCAUCUGCCGGGGAAACUCAGGCCCAAACAUCAAGUCGACUGUCCCAAGUCCCCAUGUCUGCUAUGAAAUCUGUUACUUCUGCUAGUUUCUCCAAUGGGCCCAUCCUGGCAGGGACAGAUGGAAGUGUGUAUUCCCCAGGGACCCAGCCACUGCUCUCAUCUGCUGCUAGUACUGUACCAUCCACCUCCUCCGAGUCAGGACCCCAGGACAUGAGUACACCUUCAGCAGCUCUCGAACAAAAGAAAUCUAGCCUUUUUAUCUACCCUUCAAAUAUGCAAACUGUGCUUCUGGGUACAACCCAAGUCAGUUUCCCAUCGCAGACCAAUCAGCAGAACCUGGGAGAUAUCUUCCAGAAUCAGUGGGGUUUGUCUUUCAUCAACGAGCCCAGCGCUGGACCCGAAACUGGUGUGGGGAAAUCUGCGGAUAAUCAGUUAAUGGAAGUGACAUUUCAAGGGGAAUAUCCUGCCACUUUGGUUUCACAGUGUGCUGAAAUCAUUCCCUCAGGAACUGAACAACCUGUGUUUCCUAAGGCUUAUGAGCUGGAUAAACGGACUAGCCCUCAAAUUCUUAGUGCUAUUCUUAAGCCUGGGACUGCUGUUGAGGGUGGUGUCUUAGCUUUGGAGUCGCAUCACACAGGUGACCUACAAAAGGCAGACACCGGUAGCCAAGGUGCUUUAGUGUUUCUUUCAAAAGACUAUGAAGUAGAGAAUCCUCUGGCCUCUCCCACGAACAAUUUGCUAGCCUCCGCCAAAGAACAGAGGUACCAGAGAGGCCUAGAAAGGAAAGAUAGCUGGGGUUCUUUUGACCUGAGGGCUGCUAUUAUGUAUCACACUAAAGAAAUGGAAUUGGUUUGGAAUUUGCAGAAGCAAGAUCCCAAAAGGAUAAUCACUUAUGAUGAAGCCAUGGAUCGCCCGGAUCAAUGAAGGUAGCAAGACGAGACUGCCUGUUCUAACCUUUCUGCAGCAUUUGUGCUGUUCGUGGGGGACAAAAGGCUUUUAUGCUCCUUCUAAAUCUUCAGUGCAGCAGAGGAACCGUAACUAGAAUCACAGGAUAAUAUAUACAAAUAUAUAUAUAGUUAUUUAAAAAUGGCAACUGAAAGUAAUUAGACUUCUUAAGGAAUCUGAAAAUCUAUUUCAACGAGACUACACACGUGAUUAUUUAAUCUCCGGUACUGAAUAGAUUCUUUUUUUUUUUUUUUUCCCCUUUUCUUUUUUUUUCCUUUUUUUUGUUUUGUUUUUUUGGUUAAAGAGUGAAUGCAAGUGAUUUAACAAACACAGACUCGAUUUACAAGCCCGGUUCUAAAGUUCCUGCUGUUGUCUGCAAUGGGCCGCAGCAACCCACUGGAGAGGCAUUUCCACUUGACAAGGUUUCUGUUUCUCGUUCUGUGACUGUAGUGACACACUAAUCACAGGGAAAUCAGGAUGAUUCACCAUACUUCAUCUCCCCUUUCCCUUCCACCUCCCCUAGUUGGUUGUGUUUUUUUCUGUUUUGUUUCCCAUUGAAUGCUGGAGAAACACCUUGAAGUUUGCAGUUUUUUUUAAUCCAGAGAAUUAUAAUCCGCAUGUUUUGCCAGGAGUAAAGCAGCAAUCCGAUGCUGGGAAUAUUGUCUUAAAGCAUCAUUCUUCUGGGGGUAAUACUGCAGUUCUAGGAUGCAUGGUGAAGUCACACAGUUGACCUGGCUCCGGUUACACGGUGGACUAUUGCAACUGAGGAGUUCUUUUCAUUUUAAAAGACAACGUGCAAAAAUAAGCAAUCUGUUUAGGCAUUUAAUACAGAGAAAAACAAAAAACCCACUGUUCCCACAGGUUAAUGCCAUUGUAUUGCUGGGAGCAAAAAAAAAACAACAAAAACCUUCUGCUUUCAACUGUAGGUGCUUCAUAUUUGCUCUGUCUGUCUCCUAACACUAAAUGUGCUGGAUUUCUUUCCCAUUUUCAUUGGAAAACUGAAGAGGAAUUGAGUUCUGCUAACUUCCACCUUUCUUGAAUUAUUUCUUUUCUCUUAAAAAAAAAAAAGAAAAUAAAAAAAAAAAGAAAAAAAGGAAAAAGAAAAAAAAAAAAGAAUUUGAAUCCUUUUCAAUUUGUCCAUGGGACUCCAAUGGCCACACCUGCCCGUUGGAAAAGCUCUUUUAUAUUUUAAUGCAGUCUGUGUAUUUCCGAGCUCUGCUCAUGAUGAUCUCUUAAUAAAAAUCUAUUUUAUUACAAAAAAUGGAGGACUUAGGAAUGAAAAUAAUAAUUAAAAUUUAAAAAUAAAGAGUAAAUCAAUAAAUCCCAAGGGAAGGAAAGCUUCCUAUAGCAGUGGUAGAGAAAGCAGACUGCAGCUCCAGCUGUGUAACCCGCUCUGUCCCAUUGCAGCUUGUGUAGCGCAUCCAAAUCAGCUUGGGGUUGGGCAGUUUCUCUGGGUUUUUGGUUCUUAAAGGUGGAAAGUUCACAGGGUCCAGUGCAAGAAAGAGCUAUAAAUAAAGCCAACCUGGGGCUUUUGACCUAGCCAAGCUCCACAUGUACCCAGUGUGGAGUGUUUGUGGACAAAUAGUGGCUCACAUACAUCUGGGUACCAAGGUCAGCAGUACAUCAGUCUGGACCCUAUGGGGCAUUAAGGAAGCAGAUAAGCCCAAAACUUGUGCCCACCCCUUGUGCUUAGAUAUAUCCACUUGUUUUUCUGUUCACUAGGAAUGUGUAUCAUGGUUUUUAAUUGUUUCUUGUUUUAAUAAGAUUGUUUCUGAACGAGACUCUUAGGUUCACAGUGGGACAAUGGAACUUCUUUCUGUAAGAUCGCUAGCUGUCUGCCACGCUUCAUUUUACAAGUUUGAUUAUGAAUUGCCUACUCCAUUUUAAUGUAUAAACUACUAUAUAGUAUAAUACUGUAGUGUAAUACUAUAUAGUGAUCAUGUAUUGUACCAGUCCAUGUAUGGUUGGCCAGUCGCAAAUACUUCUAUUUCACCUACAACCUGUACCACCUCUGCAGGUGUGUGUCACUUUCAGAUGUAUAACAUGUUUACAGAUGUGCCCCACAUCUAGUCCUCAACGUUCCUAUCUCUGAUUCUGUUGAGUCUCCCAACUGCUUGCCAAAAGUUGGAAUCGCCUUUGGCUUCACUGUGGAAGAGCUGGGGCGUUCCUGAGCUUUAAAGUGUUGAACAAACUGGUGGGAUUGGGAAAAUUAAGGUGGAAGAAACGUUUUGGGAUGGUUUUUUGUUUUAUUUUCAACAAGGUGAAGGCUAAUAGCAAAGUUCCCAGUUUGUUUUACUGGCUUUAAGGCUCUGCUGUGUAUUUAUUUGCCUUGUGUAGUCACUUGUCGCCUUAAGGGCUGGGUUCCAUUAAAAACAAAAAGACAAAAAAGAUAAA